GCAGGAAUUUCAAGCUAAUUACAGACCUAGACAUAGACAACAGGGACAGUCAUUUCUCCCGUCGUGAAGACCACACAGCACCAGUGCGCUACUACACACUUAUCAUGAUACAGCUAUUGAACUGAUAAACUUUGGUGAGUGGACCCUGUAAAAAUGAUCCGACACGACAGGAUAGAUUUGGUUGUUAUAUUGCUGGCAGUCACCGGGGUCAGUGACUGUGUUGAUGACUACAGCCUUCAGCAGAAACUCUACAGUGACAUCAUCGAGUCUAACAACCCGAACAUCCGCCCUGUUCGUAACAAAACACAUGUGACCCGAGUCUCCAUCACCUUUAACCUUGUGGCUAUUACAGAGUUUGAUGAAGUCUCAGAGGCUCUAGCUUCCACCGGUUACAUGGAGGUCACAUGGGAUGAUGAAAUCCUGACAUGGAACCCAACUCUAUAUGGCGGUGUGACGGACAUGAGGCCAGCGUUUGAUCAGGUAUGGAAGCCUAGGGUAGCGGUGCAGAACACGGUGGACAAGAUGAAGCCUUUGGGCCUGGAUUUUGGCAUCUUGGUUCUCUUCUUCACUGGAAGCCUGACCUGGUAUCCUGGAGACACAUUCAAGACAAGUUGUAAAAUGGAUGUAACCAAGUUCCCCUUCGACGUUCAGACAUGUUCCUUUAAUGUUUUUGUUUGGGCUGACACCAUCAACACCGUUGAUCUCUUCCCAGUUGACAACUCCAUUGGUCUCGACAUUUACAAUGUGAACAGCGAGUGGGACAUCACCAACACCUCGGCCACUCGACACACAAAAUAUGCAUCUUUCUCCGAGAUCGCCCACAUCACCUACCAUCUCCAGCUGACGAGGAAACCGUCCAUGAAGAUCCUGACUGUCGUGAUGCCUGUCCUGCUUCUUUCCUUCCUCAACGUCGUCGUGUUCCUCAUCCCAGUGCAGUCGGGGGAGAAGCUGUCCUUCUCCAUCACAGUGCUGCUGUCAUUUGCUGUUUUCAUGUCCUUCAUCACCAACAUGCUGCCCCAAAGUGCUGACAGCCUGUCAGUAUUCACCCUUCUCAUGGCUGGGCUGUUCCUCUUGAGCUCUCUCUAUGUGCUGCUUACUAUCUGGGUCAUCAAGGUAUUCCAUAGAGACUCUAGCAAGCGGGCCGUUCCACUCUGGGUGUGUAGACUGCUGUGCGGUCAGAAGGGAUGUUGUGGCAGCAUCAGGAUACACACAACCGGGAGUCAGGAUGUGUCGGACAUAUCUCCUAGUGGGGACAUUGACAUGUCAACGCGAGGAAGUGAAAGGCUGCCCGGAAGUGAGGUGCAAUGGAUAAGAGUGAGUGAAGCCAUGGACAAAUUCUUUUUCUGGUUAUUCCUCCUGCUUGUCGUGUCACUGAUGGCUGUCACUGUGUUCAAGAUAUGUCUGUAAUGAAAUUAGACCAUCACCUGGAGAAUAUGAUCAAUGAUGGAUCAGGUUUCACAUGGAAGUUAUAUGGACAUCUUUAUACUGAAACAAGAAAGGUGAAUAAUGCAAGUGUGAAGUACCUACAAACAGUGACAACAGUAAUGAUACUAUUGUGUUAAAUCUAGGGGUUUCUAAUAUCGCUAAAAAUCAGAAUAUAUGUAAUAAAGCAGAGCUUAUCAUUUGAAUUGUUCUUGUGGGUCAACCUUAGCUUUGGGUUGUGACGCUGGAAGAGGUGUAGGAGUAGGCACUGAGUUGUUUCGGGAUGAAGGUAUGUCCCAAGAUCGAGAAGUGGGUCGCCGAUGUCCCCUUCUUUACUUGAGAGUGAAGCGCACCUGGUGCACUCUUACCGUGCCAUUCCGAACCAGAUGUUAGGGGUCCUCUUCAAACAGAGAAUUUAAAUAUAUUCAUUGUGUUCCAGCCUCAAGUUAUAAAACCAUUGAUUAAGAACAGAACUUGGUAUCAAACUAUGCCCCGUGUAAGGCUAGUAACUUAUUAGGGACAACUUUUCCCAAACCAUGCAUCGGUACUAUCGACUUUGGGCUUGACUCUAAAACCUGGCGACAGGUCGUAGUGGAUUCCAAUGCUAGAAACAAGCGAAGGACCAUUUCUGUUUUUAGGAGAUGUUAUUGUUACAAACGUAGCAAUGGAGUUUCAUUUGUUCACUUGUUCAGCCUCGAUGACAUGAAACAGCAUGUUUAUGCAUCAGUUAGGCAACACAAGAAGAUACUGUCAGUGUUGUUUUUUCGAAUUCAGGCAUAGCAUUUGUCAAACCCCAAACAGUGACAAGUUCGUCCAUUCUUCUGUUGUACUGGAUUCCAAAGUACUGUUUCAUCAAUUAACCAUGAUAAUUAAUACAUUCAAUUAAUGUGUUUCUGUAUACUCACGGGAAAUAUUUGAGUAAAAAGGAAGGA